AUGUUGUUCUUCGAGAGGCUUUCCACGACGGUUGGUGGUGGCGACCCUCUCGCCGGCAAAAGUGAAGUCGUCGACCCCAAUGGCGGUGCCGACAGUAGAGAGCCUCGAUCUGGCGCUCGAUUCUCCUCCAAUGUCUUACGGAGCUCGAUUUUCUUUCGAUUCUCCGUUGCUGCCGGUUCUGGGACACUGCCGGUUCAGGGUCUCGUGUCGCCGUCAAAAUCUCUCUGCCAACGGCACCUACUCUAG